UUGCAGAUUAUAAAAAACACGAUGGCGGAGUUCGAUCUUACGACGAAGAUAGGUUCCUACUUGGAUAGGCAUUUAGUUUUCCCUUUGAUGGAAUUCCUGUCUGGAAAAGGGAUCUAUGAUGAAAGAGAACUCCUCCAGGGGAAACUGGAUCUUCUUAUUAACACAAACAUGGUGGAUUUUGCCAUGGAUGUUUACAAAGAAGUUCAUGGUGUUGGUGAUGAAGGUGUUCCAAAGUCCUUAGUAGACAGGAGAGUGGAAGUUGUGGCACAGUUGAAGCAUCUGCAAUCAGAGGCAGGGCCAGUGCUCAGCAUAUUCAUCAACCCCGAAGUCCAAAAGCAGAUCCAAGAGAGCCGGGACUUCAGACAGCUCCAAGACUAUCUGAUAGAUCAGUUCCAAUUCCGCCCAGAAAUGAUCGACACCCUAUACGAUUGCGCCAAGUUGCAGUACGAGUGUGGAAAUUAUCACGGAGCAGCAGAAUACCUGUACUUCUACAGAAUCCUGGUCCCAACAACUGACAGGAACUUCUUGAGCGGUCUCUGGGGGAAGUUGGCCUCCGAAAUCUUGAUGCAGAACUGGGACACAGCCCUGGAAGACCUGAAUCGCCUGAAAGAAUAUCUGGACAAUCAGGCAUUUGCAUCAGCUCUCGAGUCUCUCCAGCAGCGGACUUGGCUCAUCCACUGGGCUCUAUUCGUGUUCUUCAACCAUGCAAAAGGACGGGACCUCAUCAUUGACAUGUUCCUCUAUCAGCCCCAGUAUUUGAAUGCCAUCCAGACAAUGGCUCCUCAUAUCCUUCGGUAUCUGGCAACUGCUGUGAUCACCAACAAGCAGCAUCGACGGACUGUCAUGAAGGAUCUUGUUAAAGUCAUUCAGCAGGAAUCCUACACUUACAGGGAUCCUAUCACAGAAUUCUUGGAGCACUUAUAUGUGAAUUUCGACUUUGAUGGUGCCCAGCAGAAGUUGCGGGAGUGUGAAACAGUCCUGGCCAAUGAUUUCUUCCUUGUUGCAUGUCUAGAUGACUUCAUAGAAAAUGCACGACUCAUGAUCUUUGAAACCUUCUGUCGCAUUCAUCAGUGCAUCAGCAUAAGCAUGCUGGCUGAAAAGCUGAACAUGAAUGUGGAAGCAGCAGAACGCUGGAUCGUGAAUCUGAUCCGCAAUGCCAGACUUGAUGCGAAAAUUGAUUCUAAGCUUGGUCAUGUUGUCAUGGGAACCCAAGCACUUUCUCCAUACCUCCAGCUCAUUGAGAAGACUAAAGCACUAUCCUUCCGCACCCAAAUGCUUACCAUCCAGGUGGAAAAGAAGCUCAAUACCCAGAAUCGAGAGGCAGGCAAGUCUCACUGGACAGGAGAUUUCUGAAGGAGAUGGUGCUUCAUCAUAAAUUCCAGUUCCACUUGUGUCAAUGGAGUGAAAGGCUGCAAAAAAAAUAAAGAAC